AUGACCAUCGAGUCAGUAAACCUGACGUCUUUGAAACAAGUCAAAAACACAGUCAUUGGCAAUCCUUCAGCCAAAAUCACGCUUGCUCGAGACGAACAUUUCGUCCAAACUCUCGUCCAAUGUCUGAAUCAGCCCGCGCCACCCUCUGAUCGUGCAAGCGGCUCGCAAGACGACAUCCGUAUCGAAGCUGCUCACGUUCUCUCGUCCUUGUCAUACGGCUCUGAAGAGGCCCUUGACAGUCUGCUAAACGCCCGAGCAGUUGAAGCUUGCCUGCACGCGAUUUCAUGUCUUCAGCCCCACGAUUCUAACGGUCUCAAGUCGGCCUUUUCGCGUAGCCUCCGAUCGCUUGCAACCGCCGUUGCAGAAGUAGUUGGUCCAUCUCAGUGGGGGCUGCGCCCUGAGGGAUCGUCUGUUCGGGAUGCCGCUAGAGAUGCCUUGGAGUGCUUCUUUCACCCUAACUACUUAGAUGUUUACUUGCCGAUGCUUGUGGACUCCUCGCCGCAAACUAGCAUUUCCAUCGCUCAAUUGCUUGCUGCCGCUGUAAGGACGGGGGAACAUCGUGAUGCUAUCACAGAAUGGCUACCACCCGUCGAUCGGAUUAAAGAAAGUAAAGGGAAGAGAGGAUGGGAGAAACCCGCUGUUAUCAAUUCCAAUGCACCAGGUAGACAAGGUGGCUGGGUUGCCAGAAACUUGGCUGCCUUGCUUCGCAGCAGGGAUAGCAAACUUCAAGAAGCAGCUUUAUACGCAUUGUCAGCUCUGUCAAAGGACAAUGACAAGAUCGCGGCGCUACUUGUGAAGCCAGUCUCUGAUCGAGACAUGCCUUCAACCUUAUCCUCAGUCCUGUCUCUUGCCAAAUCUCGCUCCACGGAUGUUCAACUAGCUGCUUGCCUCUGCGCAACUCACAUUAUUCGCGCGAGCCCUACAAAUCAUAGUUCAGCCAGCGACGAACUAUAUAUCCAGAAUAUCGUGUCAGUUUUAAACCGAAUAAUAUCCUCCUCGACCUCAGAAGCCUUGCAAACGCGUUCAAGAGCUUGCUUCAUCUUAUAUAAUCUCAUUUCCGACGAUUACCGCCUCUGUCAAUUUGCCCAUGAAAGAGGUUCUUUGGACCAACUUGCCACCGUAGUCAAAGACAUCACACCUUCCGAAGUGCAGCCUGAGUGGGAUGAAGAUGAACCUGAGUCGUUGUCUUCGCUGCGAGAGGCUGCCCUGACCACCAUCUCUGCCAUGUCGCUGUUCGACGAUAACAUAAGGCGUGAGGUCGCAGAUGUAUUUGAAUUACUGCCGUUGAUUCAGUCGUGUAUGACGCAUCGGCAUGUUGGUGUUCGCUAUGCUUCAUGCCAGUGUGUGAGGGCGAUAUCACGCUCAGUCGCAGUUCUACGAACGAGUCUUGUGGACAGCGGCUUGGGUUUGCAAGUAUUCGAAAUAUUCAAGAAGGAAGAAGAGGACAGACGAGUAACGUCAGCGGCCCUCGCAGCCGUGUGCAAUCUAUUGAACGAUUUUUGCCCUCUCCGCCCGGUCUUAAUGGAGAAGGGCCUAUUGCCCCGCCUCAUCCAGGUCUUGGGUGCAGAAGACCGAACAUUACGAUUGAGUUCAUUGUGGGCGUUUAAAAAUCUAUUCCUCAGAACACCCUUGGAGACGAAGAAAACUAUUAUGGGCUAUCUGAAGUGGUCUGAACUCACUCGGCUAAUGGCAGAUCCCGAUCAUGGUAUACAAGAGCAAGCUUUCAAUAUAUUACGAAAUAUCGCUGAAAACGAGCCUGGAAUCGAGCUCAUUUUCCACGAGCUGGAUGCAGAAAUGCUGCUGCAAUCCCUCACAGCAUGUAUGAGUUCACCUGACCCCACAAUGGAAGAUGUAAUCUUACAGGCUGUAUGCACUCUUGGGAAUCUAUUCAACGGCAGCGAAAGCCACCAGCGCAUGAUCGUGUCGCACCCAAUGCUCUUGGAAUCGCUACGUUCUUGUUUAGCCCACGAUAAAGUAGAAAUUCGACGGCCGGCGGCCAGCUGUAUCUUGUCCAUCGUCAGGUCGUCUUCGUUAGGGCCUAGUCGCUCUGAUAUCGUGGAAGCAGGGAUUGUUUCUACUCUUCGACACAUAUGUGAAUGGAGUGGGGCUGUUGCGGUCAGCCCAGGUGGGCGUGGCUCGACGCACCAUGCUGUCAUAGAGGAUGACAAAGAGGUCGUGGAUCUUGCUAGGCAAGCUCUUCAAUGUCUAGAGCAUGUAGGAAGCUUGAAUAUCCUCUGA